AUGCCUAACACGGUAAUGCAGGCCCAAAUCAACGGAAACUCAUACAUUGAUGUCUGUAAAAAGCCAAUUGAGUUUGUGGAAGUACCUUCACCACAAUUCCUAACGAGGGGACAGGAAGGCUUCAUAUCAUGUGAAGUGACGGGGAAUCCAACUCCAACGAUACACUGGAAAUUCAACCACAUUACGCAUAUAAAUGACAAUGAAGAUUAUUCAAUUGUUGACGGUGGCUUGGUUGUUAAUGACGUGGCCCUCCAUGACGCUGGCACAUAUACAUGCCGUGCUAGAGUGAAGAAAACCGGCGCCGUGGAAAGUAAAGAUAUUGAUGUAAAGGUCUAUGAAAUGCCAGAAUUUUUCCAGGUUCCUGAGAACAAGAGUGGAAUAGAGUAUUCCUCUGUCAACCUCUAUUGCAAUGCAAAGGGGACACCAGAACCAACAUUAACAUGGCUCUUCCAAGGCGAGGAACUGACAGACGAUGAAAAAUAUUUCAUUGCACAGGCUAAGACCAGAUCUAGAUCCUUAGCACAGGCUAAGACCAGAUCUAGAUCCUUAGCACAGGCCAAGACCAGAUCUAGAUCCUUAGCACAGGCCAAGACCAGAUCUAGAUCCUUACACAGGCUAAUACCUGAUCCAGGUCCUUAG